UAUUAGUUGACUUGCUACUGAUAGCAGUGAAUAGGUAUUAUCAAAUCAAACUUUACGAUUACAAGAUACCGCCCGUUUUUAAAUUGCUUUAGAAAAUAAUAUAUGAAUUAAUCUUACUGAUUUUCGUUUCUAGUUCUAAUUAAAAAUGUUUUAAUAAUUAAUUGCAUAGCAAGUUAUGAUUUUUCUGUACACCACUAAAUAUAUUCGUGUUUUGUGAAUCGUGUGUGCGCAGAAGAGAUUGAUAAAAACUCAGACUUAUAGAUUUUUUGUUCGUGCUCGUUGUAACUUAUUACUGGACACAGCAGGAGCAAAAAGUAUUUUUUGAGACUGGUUUUGAAAAUGUUACGGAUUCGUGGAUUAUGUGUAAUUAAACGAAUAAACAUACCUUCGACGCAACAUGCCAGAGGUAUUUCAAAAGUGUCUCAGAUAGAACCGGAAAAACCAGAAAUUAAGACACCAAUACCCGGUCCUAGGACACAAGCCCUGCUUAAAGAACUUUCAGCGCUGCAGCAAGCAGAUUCGGUUCAGUUAUUUGCUGAUUAUGAUAAAAGCAUCGGUAACUAUUUUGUAGACGCCGACGGAAACGUAUUUCUGGAUGCCUUCACACAAAUUUCCUCAGUCCCAAUCGGUUAUAAUCAUCCUGAAUUGUUAAAAUGUUUUGAUGAUAAACAUAAUCUGAGGUCGCUUGUCAACCGGCCGGCUCUGGGUGUAUUCCCAUCCUUAGAUUGGCCCAAGAAAUUAAACAAUGUCUUAAUGGCAGUAGCGCCUAAAGGCCUAAACGGUGUUUCGACAAUGAUGUGCGGUUCCUGCUCAAAUGAAAAUGCUUACAAGACUGUCUUUAUGUGGUACCGCAAAAGGGAACGAGGGGGAAAAAUUGAUUUUACUCCAGAGGAAAUGGCCUCGUGCAUGGUUAACCAGCCACCGGGAUCACCUAAUUUGUCAAUUUUAUCUUUUCAGGGUGGAUUUCACGGCCGUACGUUUGGAGCGUUAACGACCACGCGAUCUAAACCAAUACAUAAACUGGAUUGUCCAGCCUUCGAUUGGCCUCAGGCUCCUUUUCCGAGAUACAAGUAUCCUCUUGAUCAAAACCAGCGGGAAAAUAAAAAAGAAGACGAUAAAUGCCUAGAACAGGUGGCUGAUGCUAUUGAACAAUAUAAAAAGAAAGGAAAUCCAGUCGCUGGGCUAGUUGUAGAGCCGAUACAGUCAGAAGGGGGUGAUCACGAGGCGUCGCCGGAGUUUUUCCAAAAGCUACAAAAGCUAUGCAAACAGAAUGGCGUUGCAUAUAUUAUUGAUGAAGUUCAAACUGGUUGUGGACCAACUGGCAAAAUGUGGUGCUACGAACAUUUCGACCUACCCUCUCCCCCCGACGUGCUAACUUUCAGCAAGAAAAUGUUGACCGGUGGAUUUUACUUCAACAUUGAGAACAAACCAUCUCAACCAUACAGAGUGUUCAAUACAUGGAUGGGUGAUCCCGGAAAGUUGCUUUUGCUGGAAAAGGUCUUGGAAGUAAUUAAAAAUGAGAACCUCAUUUCGGUUGUAAAUGAAAGUGGAAAAGUUCUAAAAAAAGGUUUACACGAAUUGGAGAAUGAAUUUCCCAAUUUAAUCAACAGUGUCCGAGGACGAGGCACGUUUCUGUCCUUUAAUUCCCCUACUACGAAAUGUCGGGAUCAAAUUAAUUCUGAUUUGAAGAAAAAUGGUGUGCUAGGUGGUGUCUGCGGCGAAAACACCAUACGCCUUAGACCAGCCCUUAUCUUCCAGAAGAAUCACGCUGAUAUUUAUAUAGAUAUAUUACGGAAAACUUUAAGAGAAAUGUAAAAAAUUUCUAGAGAAGGCUUCUUUGUCUUUAAUAUGUAUAUCAUUUAUUAUUUGUGAUUAUUUACAGUAUUAUUUUUAUAUUUAUGUAUUUAUAAGAAAUAAGCAUUUCGAAGUGCCAUAUUCAUUAAGUUUAAUAUUUUAUGAAAAUAUUAUUUUUACUUUAUUUAUAUCUGUAUAUGUACGCUUUAUAAUAAAUAAGUAAGGUGAUUAUAAAAUCACGUGCCUCAAAAAAGUCUUCCAAUUAUAAAAUUUCAUAAUUACUAGUACUA